CCUUCGACCAGUCGGCCAUGCAAGUUCUUUGGUUGCUACUCUUGGGGCGAGGGCAACUGUACCACCUGCGCUGCUUGGGUGGAUCAUGCGGUGUGUGGCUUUAAUAAUAGAUGCUACACCAGUUUCAAGAGCUCCUGCGAACUGGAAAUGAUCAAUUGCAAGCUGCCGGACGCGUACAAGUUUAAGGAAACAGCCUUUUAUGGACACUGCUUCAGAUCCACCGUACAAAAGUGCAAGGCCUAUGUCUUGUUAGAGCAACUCAACAAAAAAGACAAUUCCGUUGAAAUGUUCCCUUAGGCAGUUACAUAUAUUUUAAUAUAGAAGCGAAUAUCCUAUAUUAAUAUUGAAAACCCCUAUAUUAUAACCCUUGAGCCCCCUUUUAACUGCCAUAAUAGGCUGCCGGUGAAUAAAACAUUUUACUUAAAUCA